GGCACCUUGUUGGAGCGGUACUUGUUACCAUUUAUUACCAUUUUUCUGUGGGUACACGCGUUUGCGUGAGCUGCUUCUGCGACCUGGCAAAUAUUCAUAUCUUCAGGCUCAUGGCCUUAUUCUAUGAUGCCGGGCCUCACGCGAACCCACCCGAUCCUCACUCAAAGCAUGGUGCACGCUGAGGGCGACCGCUGGAAGAAAAUGCGCAGCCUCAUCACGCCAGCCUUUACGACGAGCAACAUGAAGAAGAUGGCGAGCCUCAUGGAUGACACAACAAAUGAGUUGUUCGAUAUCAUCGAGACGCUGAGGCGGAAUCACAAAUCCAUCGAGAUUGUGCAGCUGUUCCAGAGGUUGACGGCAGACAUCAUCAUUAGUUCAGCGUUCGGUAUAAAAUCUAAUCUGCAGCAAAAAGAUCCAACGAACAGCUCAGCAGAGUCACUGUUUCAGGAUACCUUGAAAACGUUUCAACAAUUUCGACGUGCGUGGAUAAACCGCUUUACUGUGUGCUUCCCCGAGUUUGCCCCCAUAUGGAAAGUAGUCAUAUCGUAUACUUCGGGGCUCAAGAAGAACGCCACAGACAGGAUGAUUGAUGAAAUCUCUCCUAUCGUACAAUUCCGUCGUGGAAACCGCGAGAACGGCAGAAGCGAUCUCCUGCAGCUGAUGCUCAAUGCAGAAGUCGAGGAUGAAGCCCCCAUCGACGUCAAUUUUCUCACGACUUCAGUCGAUGCAGAUAGAAGGCAGGAAGAAAGCCAGCCCGCCAAAGUAAACAACAGCUGGAAGAAGCGUUUUCUAUCAAAUGCGGAAGUUUUGGCAAACUGCAUCUCCUUCUUCGCAGCAGGGUUCGAGACGACAGCCACAGCUCUGGCGUAUGCAGCCUAUCUUCUGGCAAAACACCGAGAUAUUCAAGGCCGCCUUCGAAAAGAAGUCCUUGGCGUCCUCAAAAGAGAUGGGAUUUUUACGUACGACAAUGUUUUCAGCAUGAAAUACAUGGACCAAGUUUUAUCCGAAUCGCUUCGUCUUUAUGCGCCCAUCAGAGGCUUCACAACAAGAGGAUGUGCCGCAGACUAUGCCUACAAGGGUAUCACUAUACCUGCUGGAACCAACAUCCUUAUUCCCAACUACCACAUACACCAUGACCCAGAGUUUUGGAAGCAACACGAGAUUUUCGAUCCUGAAAGAUUCAAUCCUGAAAACAAAGGCCUGGUAGAUCCUGCGGCGUACCAACCUUUUGGUCAAGGCCCUCGGAAUUGCGUCGGCAUGCGCUUCGCUCAGUUUGAGAUAAAACUCACAAUGGCCAAGCUCAUGGCAAAGUACAAGCUCGCUCUGGAUGACCGUCACCUUAAGGAGAAUGCAUUGAAGCUUGAAUCUACCUUCGUAUUGGCCUACCCUAAGGACGGCAUAUGGCUCAAGCUUGAAGAAAUAUGAAGAUCGGAUCCUCAUUUUCCUUGGAGUCAAGCGAUCAUCCGACACUGAGUAUUUAGGACAGACGUGCGCUUGAUUACAUCCUACUGAAU